AUGGCCGCAGAUGCGUCGGAAAGGAAGGCUCUGAGAUACAAGCAAACCCUGCUCUAUGGGGAGUACCAAGAGAACCAAGGAGGCUCGGGCCGACGGGAGGCCACACGCCUGCUGACCGAGAGACAGAUCAAGAAGCAUGGCAACCCUCACCGCAGCCACGGCAGGACACGGCAUGGCCGGCGUGGGCCUGGUCAGAAUGGAUACCACGGUCGACAUCAGCACGGCUACCACAGCAGACAGAGGAACAGGCGCCAGUCCAACAUGGAGGCAGACGGCGAUGAUCAGGAUGACCAGACGGCUGAACCCGGACUCACGUCCUCUAUGAAGAAGAGACGCUCCUACUCCAAAUGUAGAGACUGCAUAGCACGGGUACAGCGGUUCCUUGUCACCAGGCUGGGAGAAGACUGGAUCUUCCUCGUUCUGCUGGGCAUCACAAUGGCGCUGGUCAGCUGGACGAUGGACUAUGCCAGCGCAAAGAGCCUGCAAGCCUAUAAAUGGAUUCACGGGGAGCUGAGGGGGAACAUCCCCCUGCAGUACCUGGCUUGGGUUUCAUAUCCCCUGAUCUUCAUCCUGUUCUCCUCCCUCUUCUGUCACCUGGUCGCUCCUCAAGCUAUCGGUUCUGGCAUCCCAGAGCUGAAGACCAUCCUGAGAGGUGUGGUGCUGAAGGAAUAUCUAACUCUCAAGGCCUUUGUCGCUAAAGUCAUCGGUCUGACUGCCGCCCUGGGCAGCGGGAUGCCCGUUGGCAAAGAAGGUCCGUUUGUUCACAUCGCUAGUAUCUGUGCUGCGGUCCUCAGCAGGUUCAUGUCCUUCUUUUCAGGAGCUUAUCAGAAUCCAUACUGUUAUACAGACAUCCUGACAGUGGGCUGUGCUGUUGGGGUAGGCUGCUGCUUUGGUACUCCACUUGGAGGUGUGCUCUUCAGUAUAGAGGUAACAUCCACAUACUUUGCUGUGAGAAACUACUGGAGAGGAUACUUUGCUGCUACAUUUAGUGCCUUCAUAUUCAGAGUGUUGUCCGUGUUCAACAAAGACGCAGUAACCAUCACUGCUCUGUUCAGGACAAACUUCCGCAUGGAUUUCCCUUUUGACCUGCAGGAGCUGCCAGCCUUCGCCAUCAUUGGGAUCUCCUGUGGGUUCUUGGGGGCGUUCUUCGUCUAUCUCAACAGACAGGUGGUGCUGUUCAUGAGGCGACCCAACGCCAUGACCCGCUUCCUGACCAAACACCGGCUGAUUUUUCCUGCUGUGGUAACACUAGUCAUCUCGACAUUGACCUUCCCACCCGGCUUCGGACAGUUCAUGGCAGGAGAGCUGAUGCCAAGGGAGUGCAUCAACUCCCUGUUCGACAACUUUACGUGGACAAAGAUUUCGGGAUCUGAUCUCCCGGUCGGUCUGGGUCGUUCUGCUGCCUGGCUGCACCCUGAUGUCAGUGUCUUCCUCGUCCUGCUGCUCUUCUUAUUCAUGAAGUUCUGGAUGUCGGCUGUGGCCACCACCAUGCCCAUUCCAUCCGGGGCUUUCAUGCCUGUCUUCAUACUGGGAGCUGCGUUUGGCAGGCUGGUAGGGGAGAUCAUGGCCACCCUGUUUCCUCAAGGGAUCGUGUUCGAUGGCAUCCUCUACCGCAUCAUCCCUGGAGGGUACGCAGUCAUUGGAGCGGCGGCGUUGACUGGGGCCGUGACUCACACGGUGUCGACGGCGGUUAUCUGCUUUGAGCUGACAGGUCAGAUCUCCCACAUCCUGCCCAUGAUGGUGGCAGUCAUCCUGGCCAACAUGGUGGCUCAGGGCCUGCAGCCCUCCCUGUACGACUCCAUCAUCCAGGUCAAGAAGCUCCCGUACCUGCCCGAGCUCGGCUUUGGACACAUGAGCCAGUACAACAUCGUGGUAGAAGACAUCAUGGUGAGAAAGGUGAAGUUCAUAUCGUCUCAGUCCACAUACAGAGAAGUCAAAUUCCUGCUGGACUCCUCCUCGCUCAAUUCUAUCCCACUGGUCGACUCCAAAGAUUCUAUGAUCCUAUUGGGCAGCAUUGACCGGUUGGAGCUUCUGGCUCUCUGUGAUUGGUGGUUGUCACAAGAGAGGAGGCUCCUGAUGCAGAACCCGUCUCUGAAGCACAGCUGGGAGUCCCUCGCCUUCGUAGAUGAGGAGGAAGAGGAGGACGGAGAGAAGGACAGCCUGUCGCAGGAGGAGAGGAAUGGACCUCUUCCUCCUCCAAAGCCUCAGGAGUCUUCCUCAAACCACACUGCUCCUGUCCCUGAAAAAGGUCCUCUACAGUCUGUGCAGAACACACUCAGGAAUCUCUUCACCUCUAAGAGCGGACAGAUGGAGGGACAGUCACAGGAGCCCUGUCCUCCCCCGCUGUCCGACACCAUGACACCAGAGGAGAUCAAAGCGUGGGAAGAGGCAGAGAUGGACCAGCCGAUGGAAAUCGAUGAGAUACGAGUAGACCCUUCCCCUUUCCAGCUGGUUGAGAGAACAUCAUUACACAAGACACACACCUUAUUCUCACUGCUGGGACUGAGUCAUGCGUAUGUGACCAGUAUCGGCAAACUGGUGGGAGUGGUGGCUCUGAAAGAGCUCCAGAAGGCCAUCGAGGGCUCCACGCGCUCCGGUGUCCGCCUCCGUCCUCCGCUCGCCAGCUUUCGCGACAUCAGCAAACGCAACUCUGCUCCCAAACCUUCAACUUCUUCUCCCGCUGCUCCUUCCUCUCCGACCUCCACCUCCUCUCCCUCAGCUCCACCUGCUCCCCAGCUUCCACCCGCCUCUCCCCCCACUCCUCACCACCACCACCCGCAGCUCCAUAUACAUGAGAAUGAAACGGAGUUCGAGGGCGUGACCGUGGAGGUGGAGGAGGGCAGCAGCAGCAGCACUGGCGGCUCGGCCAGCAGGAGCAGUUGCUACAACAGCAACCUCACCCUGCCUCCCUCCACCACUCCUCCCCCAGUCCCUUCUUCCUCCACUCCUCAUCCUUCUCCUCCCCCUUCCUCCUCCAUCCCUCUCUCCACCCUGAGACCUUUACACAGACUGCUUGAGAGGGAAGAAGAGAGUGAUGAUGAGCCAAUGGUGUAG